AUGCCAAAACAUUAUUCACUUUCUGCGGACGACUGUAUUCGAUACGACAUGUAUAUAUAUAUAUAUAUAUAUACGCCUGCAGUCAGUUCUUUGCACGACUUCUCUAGAAUCGACUACUCAGUGCUUAAUAAGGCUGUUUGCAUCUUGUUUCUAAUCAUGUCGUUCUCUCUGAUCUGUAUUCUUUUCUAUCUUUACCACCUCGUUCUCACUGUGGAGAAUGAUGGAAUGGAGAUUAUCAAUAAUGGGAAUGAUGAAGAUUGCUGGAGUUAUAAAUUACAUGGUUUUCUAUCAAGUGAUAAUGCAAAAUGUGAGGAUAUUGACUACAAUAGAGAUGGGUUAAAUAAUUCUAUUCCAGAAAAAAAUUCAGAACUUUUUCUUGGCGAGUCAAUAACUAUUAAUGAAAACAACGAAUAUCAUAGUAAAACAAAUGUUCACGAUGCUGCAAUACAUACUGCAUUGCGAAGAGGGGGCCUGGAGAUCGCUAAAACAAUUAUUGAAGACACUACCGAUGUUAAUAUCAAAGGUCUGCAUGGCCAGACACCUUUACAUUUGGCCGCUUGGAGGGGAGACGAAUCUCUUGUGAAUUUUCUGAUAUCAAAAAAUGCAAAUUUAAACGUUUUAGACGAUUGCGAUGACACUCCUAUUCAUUACGCAGUACGAGGAGGACAUCUCAAUAUAGUUAAGAAACUUCUCGAUCAUGGCGCUGAUAUCAAUAUUAGAGAUACUUUUGGUAUGACACCGCUGUUCAUCGCUGUUGGUUUUUGCGAUGAGUCUAUAGUAAAUUUAUUAUUGUUAAAUAAUGCGAGUGUGAAUAUACAGGAUUGGGAUAUUUACCAUCCCCUGAAUUUAGCAGUAAUUAGAAUGAACAUAAACAUAGCUAAAGCUCUUCUUAAUAGAGGAGCUUACGUCGAUAGUCGGAGAUAUUUUGGAAACACGUCUUUGAUAAACGCUGCUGAGAAAGGUGAUGAAGCUAUGGUAAAGUUAUUGCUGUCAAAUAAUGCUAGUGUGGAUGAAAUGGACAUGAAUAAAAAUACUGCCUUGUAUUACGCAAUAUAUGCAGAGAACAUAAACAUAGCCGAAGCUCUUCUCAAUCAUGGAGCUAAAGUCAAUAUCCAGAAUAUAUUCAAAGAAACACCGCUGAUUAUCGCUGCUAUGAAAGGUGAUGAAGCUAUCAUAAAUUUAUUGUUGUCAAAGAAUGCAAGUGUGAAUACAAAGAACUGGGCUGGUGAUUCUGCCUUGCAUUUUGUAAUUUAUAAAAAGGACACAAACAUAGCCGAAGCUCUUUUCAAUGGCGGAGCUAACGUCAAUAGCCAGAGAAAAAACGGAACCACACCUUUGAUGUCGGCUGCUUCGAAUGGCGAUGAAGCCAUGGUGAAUUUACUUCUUUUAAGAAAUGCUUCUAUGGAAAUAAAAGACGGUUUCGGUAACGGCGUAAUACACUUUGCAGCUCAGGGUGGAAACAGUAAAAUUAUUGAGAUAUUUCUUAGACACGGUGCGGAUGUCAAUAGUGAAGGGGAACAUGGUGAAACGCCUCUACAUUUUGCAGUUCGGAAUGACGAUACAAUUUUGAAAGAUGACGAAUUUGAAAAUAAAACAGUCUCUGUAAUGAAAACCCUCUUGAAACACGGAGCCGAACUGAAUGCACAAAGUUAUCUGAAACAAACAGCGCUCCAUAGAGCCGCUGCUGGAGGUUAUGCUGGAGUCGUUGACUACCUGCUGUCCCGGAACGGCAGCUUGAGUAUCGAAGAUUAUCUUUGCUUCACCCCAUUCCAGUGGGCAGCUAGUAUUGGAAAUGUUAAAGUGCUAGAUACUUUGUUAGAACACGGGGAUGAUGUCAAUAGGAACGGAUGUAAUGGUGUCACAGCUCUUCACAUGGCAAUUAGAAGGAAUGACACUGCUUUCAUUGAAUAUCUUCUAUCCAAGAAUGCUGAUCCAAAUAUAAUGAGCGAAGACGGACAGACCCCUUUGGAUUUAACUUUUGAUCCUUUAUCUGAAAAAUUUAUGAAAUUACUUCUUGCUCAUGGAGCCAAAGUGGAAGAUAAUAGUUUCUUAGGAUCGAAAAUUCUUUUCGAUGCGGUUUCAAAUAAAUCAAUAGAAAUUGUAAAGCUCUUGUUGAAUAACACUAAAAACUUCAACUCCUACCCAACAGCUAUUCUUAACCAUGCCAUUGGGACGCGGUUUUCAGAAGGAAUCGAUUUGCUCAUCUCUCACGGAGCGGACGUUGUGGAGAAAGACAUCCAUGGUAAUCUCCCCCUUACUUUAGCAGUUAUGUCAAGAAGUAUGGCAUAUGUGAAAUUAAUUUUAGUAACAGGAUCGAGUAAAAUCAGCAAGAAGAAUUUUCAAUUUUUUUUGGAUGCCAACUGUGACGUAAGGUUUUUUACAUCAAUUAACAGCAUUAUACAGAUCCAUAAUGCGACUGCGCUGCAUGUUGCUUCCUAUUACGGUCUCAAGGAUCUUGCCGGACUAUUGAUAUCAUACGGCGCUUCCUUAGAAGUUAGAGAUAGACCAUUAAGAUAUUCACCACUUCAUUACGCAUGUGAGAAUGAUCAUGUGGAAGUUGUGAAACUUCUGUUGGAUUCUGGAGCCAACAAAAGUCCUGCCGAUAUUAACGGUACCACUCCCCUACACAUCGCCUGCAGAAAAGGUCUACUUCCAAUUGCUAAAUUACUGCUUUCUGAUCCACCAGCUGCUGUAAACCAAGCAGAUGACAGUGGAUACACGGCUCUUCAUUUGGCUUCGAUGAGCGGAUCUCUAAAAAUAGUCGCAUUGUUAUUGACUCUUGAUGCCGAUAAAGAAGCUAAAACUAUUGAUUUCAAAACUCCACUGCAUUUAGCUUCCCGCGAGGGUCAUGAGGCAAUAGUGCACAUCUUAUUGAAAAAAGGAGCUGAAAAGGAUGCAGCUGACAUUGAUGAUAUGACCCCAUUACAUUUCGCCGCAAGAGGAAGACACUUGGAUAUAGUGAAGAAAAUUAUUUAUUAUAAAGUUUCCGUCAAUAGCAGAAACAAAAACGGCAGCACACCAUUACAUCUGGUGUGCGAUGGGAGAUACAAAUCUGAACGAUAUACUUUCCAUGAAGAAGAUAUUGUGCGCACUUUGAACGAUCACGGUGCAGAUAUACAUUCGAAGGACCACAACCAAAUGACCCCGUUACAUAUUGCAGCAAGAAGCAAUUCCUCAGAUAUCACAGAGCUCCUUAUAAAAAUGGAAACAUACACAUUCAGUAGGGAUAGGUUGCUCAACAUACCUAUGCAUUACGCCGCAUUAUUCGGCCAUUAUGAAGUAAUAAUCAAUUUAUUACAGCUAAGAUCCGAUUAUCAUUAUGACAAAAAAAAUUCCUUGAGGCAAACUAUAUCUGUGAACAUUUAUAAAGAAACCCCUUUGUUCUUGGCUGCCAGAGAAGGGCACACUAAGGUGGGAGCUUUGCUCUUGCAGGUCGGAGUCGAAAGUCUUCAGCCUGACAUCAAUGAGAGGAAUGCUUUGCACCGCAGCGCUGCCAGAGGACACUUCGAAGUAGUGAAACUCCUUCGUCAGGCUCUUUUAAAAAUAGAAAACAAAGAUAAGUGGGGGCUCACUGCUUUGAACUACGCAGCUUCUUGGAAAGGACAUCAGGAUGUUAUAGGAUACCUUUCGGCUACUCAAUUAAACAUCACAAUAUCAUAUUAUUUAAGUAAAUCAAAUCCUCUGCAACCUAACUUGGAUAAGAUCAGCUCAAUACAGGUGAAAAAAAUUCCUGGCAUAAAAUUGGGAAUACCUUAUUUUUUUAAAGUAAACUCAGGGAAGUUUCGGUAUAUUUAUUCACCUUAA